CCCGACUUGGGAACUUUUGCCGAGAGCUCAGCCUCCGCGCGGCCCCGCCCGCCGCCCUCCCUCCUGGCUCCUCCUCCGGGCUGAGUCAGGGGCUGGAAACUUUUAAAAGCCAGGAGCCGGGGCUGCGGAGGCCCGCAGGACGAGCCGCGGCCGCUGCAGAGUGACCCCCGGGCAGCAUGGGAGACUGGAGCGCCCUCGGGAAGCUGCUGGACAAGGUCCAGGCCUACUCCACGGCGGGCGGCAAGGUGUGGCUGUCCGUGCUGUUCAUCUUCCGCAUCCUGCUGCUGGGCACUGCGGUGGAGUCGGCCUGGGGCGAUGAGCAGUCGGCCUUCCGCUGCAACACGCAGCAGCCGGGCUGCGAGAACGUGUGCUAUGACAAGUCCUUCCCCAUCUCGCACGUGCGCUUCUGGGUGCUGCAGAUCAUCUUCGUGUCAGUGCCCACGCUGCUGUACCUGGCGCACGUCUUCUACGUGAUGCGCAAGGAGGAGAAGCUGAACAAGAAGGAGGAGGAGCUCAAGGUGGCGCAGACGGACGGCGCCAACGUGGAGAUGCACCUGAAGCAGAUCGAGAUGAAGAAGUUCAAGUACGGCAUCGAGGAGCACGGCAAGGUGAAGAUGCGCGGUGGCCUGCUGCGCACCUACAUCAUCAGCAUCCUCUUCAAGUCGAUCUUCGAGGUGGCCUUCCUGCUCAUCCAGUGGUACAUCUACGGCUUCAGCCUGAGCGCUGUGUACACCUGCAAGCGCGACCCGUGCCCGCACCAGGUGGACUGCUUCCUGUCGCGCCCCACCGAGAAGACCAUCUUCAUCAUCUUCAUGCUGGUGGUGUCCCUGGUGUCACUGGCCCUCAACAUCAUCGAGCUCUUCUACGUCUUCUUCAAGGGCGUCAAGGACCGGGUCAAGGGCCGGAGCGACCCCUACCACCCGGGCAGCGGCCCGCUGAGCCCCUCCAAGGACUGCGGCUCCCCCAAGUACGCCUACUUCAACGGCUGCUCCUCGCCCACCGCACCACUGUCGCCCAUGUCGCCGCCCGGGUACAAGCUGGUGACCGGGGACAGGAACAACUCCUCCUGCCGCAACUACAACAAGCAGGCCAGUGAGCAGAACUGGGCCAACUACAGCGCCGAGCAGAACCGCAUGGGCCAGGCGGGCAGCACCAUCUCCAACUCCCACGCGCAGCCCUUCGACUUCCCCGAUGACAGCCAGAACGCCAAGAAGGCGGCGGCCGGACACGAGCUGCAGCCCCUGGCCCUCGCGGACCAGCGGCCGGCCAGCAGGGCCAGCAGCCGGGCCAGCAGCAGGCCUCGGCCUGACGACCUGGAGAUCUAGGCCCGGCUCUUGAGUGGCGAGGUCCACUCGGCGCUGGAGGAGAAACAGGAGGAGGGCAUCGAGGGCUCUUUCGGGGCGCGUGGUACCCGGUGGCCUUCCUCGGGGCUGGGGACACAGGCUGCCUUGGCAUCGGAGGAUCUGGGGCGCAGGGGUGGGCGGG